CUCCCGCUCUGCGCCUGCGCGCGGAGAGGGGGGGCGUGGUCCGAAGCCGGAAGCGGCAGCGACGCGGGAGUCGGGGCGAGCGGCGCGCAGGCGUUUACUGGUCCCGCCGGGUCACGUGAGCGCGCAGGCGCAGCGCCGCGCAGCCCGUUCGCUCACACAAAGGCCAGACGCGGAGAAAAUGGCGGCGGGGGUCGAAGCGGCGGCCGAGGUGGCGGCGACGGAGCCCAAGAUGGAGGAGGAGAGCGGGACGCCCGGCGUGCCGAGCGGCAACGGGGCUCCGGGACCGAAGAGCGAAGGCGAGCGACCGGCGGCUGCGAACGAGAAGAGGAAGGAGAAACCCAUGAGGAGGGGAGGCAACCGCUUCGAGCCGUACGGCAACCCCUCCAGGAGAUACCGAGCCUUCAUCACCAACAUCCCUUUCGACGUGAAGUGGCAGUCCCUCAAAGACCUGGUGAAAGAAAAAGUUGGUGAGGUAACGUACGUGGAGCUCUUAAUGGACGCGGAAGGAAAGUCAAGGGGCUGUGCUGUUGUGGAGUUCAAGCUGGAAGAGAGUAUGAAAAAAGCCGCCGAAGUCCUGAACAAGCAUAGUCUGAGCGGACGGCCGCUGAAGGUCAAAGAAGACCCUGAUGGUGAACAUGCCAGGAGAGCAAUGCAAAAGGCUGGAAGACUUGGAAGCACAGUAUUUGUAGCAAAUCUGGAUUAUAAAGUUGGCUGGAAGAAACUGAAGGAGGUGUUUAGCAUGGCUGGUGUGGUGGUCCGAGCGGACAUUCUGGAGGACAAAGAUGGAAAAAGUCGUGGCAUAGGCACUGUGACUUUUGAACAGUCGAUCGAGGCCGUGCAAGCCAUCUCUAUGUUUAAUGGCCAGCUGCUCUUUGAUAGACCGAUGCACGUCAAAAUGGACGAGCGGGCCUUGCCAAAGGGAGAUUUCUUCCCUCCGGAGCGACCACAGCAGCUGCCCCAUGGCCUCGGCGGUAUCGGCAUGGGGUUGGGACCAGGAGGGCAGCCCAUUGAUGCCAAUCACCUGAACAAAGGCAUUGGCAUGGGGAACCUCGGGCCUGCAGGAAUGGGAAUGGAAGGCAUAGGAUUUGGAAUAAAUAAAAUGGGAGCCAUGGAGGGCCCCUUCGGCGGUGGCAUGGAAAAUAUAGGGCGCUUCGGAUCUGGGAUGAACGUGGGCAGGAUCAACGAAAUCUUAAGUAACGCUCUGAAGAGAGGAGAGAUCAUUGCCAAGCAAGGAGGAGGUGGAGGUGGAGGCAGUGUCCCGGGCAUCGAAAGGAUGGGCCCCGGCCUUGACCGCAUCGGGGGUGCUGGCAUGGAGCGCAUGGGCGCAGGCCUGGGCCACGGCAUGGAUCGUGUGGGCUCCGAGAUGGAGCGCAUGGGCCUGGUCAUGGACCGCAUGGGCUCCGUGGAGCGCAUGGGCUCCGGCAUCGAGCGCAUGGGCCCCUUGGGCCUCGAUCACAUGGCCUCCAGCAUCGAACGCAUGGGCCAGACCAUGGAGCGCAUCGGCUCUGGCGUGGAGCGCAUGGGCGCCGGCAUGGGUUUCGGCCUGGAGCGCAUGGCCGCGCCCAUUGACCGUGUGGGCCAGACCAUUGAGCGUAUGGGCUCAGGCGUGGAGCGCAUGGGCCUGAGCAUGGAGCGCAUGGUGCCCGCGGGCAUGGGGGCCGGUCUGGAGCGCAUGGGCCCCGUGAUGGAUCGCAUGGCCACCGGCCUGGAGCGCAUGGGCGCCAACAACCUGGAGCGCAUGGGCCUGGAGCGCAUGGGCGCCAACAGCCUCGAGCGCAUGGGCCUGGAGCGCAUGGGCGCCAACAGCCUGGAGCGCAUGGGCCCAGCCCUGGGCGCUGGCAUCGAGCGCAUGGGCCUGGCCAUGGGUGGCGGUGGCGGUGCCAGUUUUGACCGCGCCAUUGAGAUGGAGCGUGGCAACUUUGGUGGAAGCUUCGCGGGCUCCUUUGGAGCUGGAGGCCAUGCCCCCGGGGUGGCCAGGAAGGCCUGCCAGAUCUUUGUGAGAAAUCUCCCGUUUGACUUCACGUGGAAGAUGCUAAAGGACAAAUUCAAUGAAUGCGGCCACGUGCUGUACGCCGACAUCAAGAUGGAGAACGGCAAGUCCAAGGGCUGCGGCGUGGUCAAGUUCGAGUCUCCGGAGGUGGCGGAGCGAGCCUGCCGGAUGAUGAACGGCACGAAGCUGAGCGGCCGCGAGAUUGACGUGCGGAUUGACCGCAACGCCUGAGUGCCUGCGCGCCCGCCUUCCGGGACACGGACACCAGACCUCCAGAUUUGUAUUUUUUUUUUCCUGUUAACGAUUUUAAUUUGUUGGCUGGAUGUAUAAAGAAGUUGAAGAGAUUCAGUUGCUUUUUUGGGGUCAUUUGAAUUACUUUUAUAAUGACUGGGGUUCCAUUUGACUGUCUGCGUUGAGAUUGCAAUGUGCGCAGUUUGUUUUUUUGUUUUUUUGUUUUUUUUUUGUAGUUGUGGCAUCUUGUUGACAUUGAUAAGACUUUGAUAAUAAAUACAGGUUCCUGAAA